CCAAACAAGAUAGGUCACCCACCCCCUCCAAAGAGUUUAUUCGCGAGAUCUCUGACUAGACUGCAAACCCUAAUCCGUCGCCGCUUUGGUACGGCGUCGUUAUUGGAUUUAAAGAUGGCUGGAUAUUCAACGAAAGGAGCUCCUACAAAUGGAUCAGUCUACGUUUCUAACCUUCCACUAGGCACUGACGAGAAUAUGCUGGCUGAAUAUUUUGGGACCAUUGGGUUACUAAAGAGAGACAAACGAACCGGUACUCCCAAGGUGUGGCUGUACCGAGACAAAGAGACUGAUGAGCCGAAAGGUGACGCUACUGUUACCUAUGAAGACCCGCACGCUGCUUUGGCUGCUGUUGAAUGGUUCAAUAACAAAGACUUCCAUGGAAGCGUCAUUGGGGUUUUUAUGGCGGAGUCGAAGAGCAAAAGUGGAGGAGACCAUCCGAGUGAGUCUUUUGGAUUCGAUGGAGGUGCUGCUAACAAGGAAACAGAUGGAGGAGGUGCUGGAAGAGGGAGAGGUCAGGGUGAUUCUUCCGCCAAGCCAUGGCAGCAAGACGGGGACUGGAUGUGCCCAAAUACAAGUUGCACAAAUGUGAAUUUUGCGUUCCGUGGGGUUUGUAACCGUUGCGGAACUGCCAGACCAGCUGGUGCAUCUGGUGGCAGCAUGGGGGCUGGUGGUCGUGGAAGGGGCCGAGGUGGAGGUGCUGAUGGUGGCCCACCGGGGAAGGGUGCUUCUACUGGUCUUUUUGGUCCAAAUGAUUGGUCUUGUCCAAUGUGCGGUAAUGUCAACUGGGCUAAGCGAUUAAAAUGUAACGUCUGCAACACCAAUAAACCUGGUCAGAAUGAAGGUGGUGUGAGGGGAGGCCGUGGUGGUGGCUACAAGGAAUUGGAUGAACAAGAAUUAGAGGAAACAAAGAGACGCAGGCGUGAGGCGGAACAAGAUGAUGGUGAAAUGUAUGAUGAGUUUGGGAAUCUAAAGAAGAAGUACCGUGUUAAAACUCACCAAGCUGACGCCAGACCUGCUGUUGCUGCUGGUCGUGCUGGGUGGGAAGUCGAAGAACUAGGUGUUGAUAGAGAAGGAAGAGAAAGAAGCAGAGACAGGCAAAGAGACCGUGGGGAUAAGCAUAGAGAUCAUCAUCAUCACUACGAUAAGGAUAGACGCAGGAGCAGAAGCAGAAGCCGAGAGAGGGAAAGAGGCAAGGAGCGUGACUAUGACCGUGCCAGGGACAGAGACAGAGACAGAGACUAUGAUCGUGGAAGCAGGUACCGUAACUGAGAGAUUGCUCACAAACUGUUAGGGUUUAUUUAUCUUUUCCAAUGUUUCAUCGACUUUCUUUCUACAAUAUUUGGCAACACACAAGUUCUUUGGCCUUUUUCUUUUAAUUGUGUGAAGUAAAAGUCUCGUGGAACUUUAACGGUCUACUUAUUUAUGUUCAGAGAAUUAUCCCGUCUUUUGUGUUAUUUUGGUUGUACCUUCGGUAUUUUCUUUUUUGUUUCUUUUUUUUUUGAAACUUUUUGAUUCUUCUUGUUUUAUUGCCAAUGAUUUUCAACGCUGUAUAAUUGUGUAACGAAACGAGCUAAAAAGAUAGAAUAUGGAGAUUUUUGUGGAUAA